UCCUAAGAGCGGAUGGAUAACUGUUUGCCCAUUCUUUCGCUGACAAACCAUUACAGUAGGCUCACUAGCCAAUUGCUUCGUCUCUCUUCGACUAUUCUCUUUCAGUCAAUUUACUCUACCGCGGAAGACCAUGACUGGUAGUCGUCCGUAGUCGUCUCGCGUUUCCUCCUACCCAUCUUUCCAGCACCCCCGGCGAAAUCGCUUCUUUACUCCUAGCGGCCGCUCACUUCUUUGAGCCUGCAUCUCAAUGUCCUCUAGGUCCCGAAGUACGACAGGCUGCUGGACUUGUCGGCUCCGAAGAAAGAAAUGCGAUGAGCAAAGCCCUGCGUGUUCCGUAUGCACCUCCCUUGCCCUUACGUGUCACGGGUACGGCCCUCGCCCACAAUGGAUGGACGGGCAAGCCAGAGAGAGUUGGAUGGCUGAAAACAUCCGUCGCGUUGUGAAGGAGACGGCUAGUCAGAAGCGGCGGGCGGCCAUGCUGCGGAGAAACCAGGACUCGGCGCCAUCCACCUCGAUGUCAAUGGCAGAGAACGGCAGUGGUAUAGUGCAUCAGCGAUCGCCAUCUCCAAAGUCCGAAGAUUCUGUCGAAUUGAGUGUGCAUUUAACGUACACUGACAGUUCCGCAAGACCGAGCACCUACACCGCUAACGACUCAUCCCUCAAUUUAUCCCCCUCUCAAUCCAGCUCCCAAUCCAGCUCCCUCGCCUACUCAGACGACGACGAAGCGAGCCUGCUAAUGCACUACCUCGACCACGUCUUCCUACUUCAGUUUCCCUUCUACAAGCCUUCCAUCCAGGAAGGGGGCCGGGGCUGGCUCCUGUCCAUUCUGAUGCAGACGAAGCCGCUCUACUACGCCGCCCUCAGCCUAGCCGCGUACCACCUGCAAUCCAUACGUUGCCCGAGUGUGUACUAUGCCGAAAGCAACUGUCGGGGUGCCGCAAAGGUUCAGGAGCAGCACGUCCUUGCGAUUAGAGGCUUGCGGAAGCAUUUGGAGGCCAUCGGUGGAAGCGCGAGAAACCGAAGCUUAGUCGAUAACAUCGAGAUGCUGUGUUGCAUGGUUCUAUUGAUCUCCUUAGAGGUAUUCAUCCACCGCACAGACAGCUGGCGCGUUCACCUCCGCGCCGCCGCAAUUCUCGUCGACGAUCUGCGCACCGAUGCGAUGCAACAAAGUCGGAGGACGCUUUCACCCUCCUACAGCUCGGCUUUGCAUUUCUUCGCCGGAGUCAUGGCCUGGUAUGACAUCCUUAGCUGCGUUACGACAGGCGUAAAGUCGUUCUGCCACUGUGCCCUAGGGUGUCUUGCUAUGGGUGAUGGUUUCAUCCAGCUUGAUAAGGUGAUGGGCUGUCAAAAUUGGGCCAUGCUUUGCAUCAUGGAGAUUGCGACCUUGGAUGAAUGGAGGAGGGAAGAGCAGGAACGUGGGAGGUUGAGUGUAAGGGAGCUUGUGAGCAGAGCGGCUGACAUUGAACGAGAGUUGGAAGGUGGCUUGGAUGGUAUGGUCAGGGCAUCGUCGGAAUCAUCUGACUUCUCAACACCGAACUCGCAGGAUCCUGUUUACCUGAUCACUCGGGCCUUCGCAAGUGCCGCACUUGUCUACAUCCACGUCGUUGCUUCAGGACCAUAUCCCAAGCUGCCAGAGAUUCGAAAGGCAGUGACGAGGACGCUUGCUGCAUUACAAGCAUUCCCAGACCAGCAUGUGGUUGCUGCCCUGUUCUGGCCGCUGUGCAUUGCUGGGGCCAUGGCACUAGAUGAAGACGAGGACUUUUUCAGGAAUCAGGUCACGCAAGGGCCGGUUUGUGGCCCUAGAUUUGGAAACUCUUCAAAGGUCUCCGCUGUACUGGAAGAGUGCUGGAAGGUGCGCAGGGAAGAGAACGGGACGAGGACGAUUGAGUGGAGAGAGGCUAUGGAGAGGGUGGGCGUAGAUGUUUUACUUGUCUAAUAACCCCUUGACAGACACUAUCUCUGGCAAUGAAGAUUACAAUUCUUAUCUCAAAGAUAAAGAAAGUAAAGGGGAGAGCAACAUUAUUUGCCUUGCACGGAGAAUCAAGGCGGAGGAGAUGUGGAGUUUGGUGUUGUUGAGAUUCGCAGGCCGACCCGUCCUACC